AAGAUCGCCGACGUGUUUGGACGGAUUUCGCGGGACGCGCUUGCGAAAAACGUUGCAGUUCGUUGUUCCGUGGUUAGAGAAGUUCCCUUCUCCUAGCUGUUGGUCGAAGCUACCGUGUGUUGUGUGUCGUGUCGUGUGAAUAGCGUGUGUGUCCCACCGAUAAUGUCCAAGCCCCGAUCACCGGCCGGCCGUGGCGCGGGAGAGCCCGAGCACGAGGUCUUCGUACGCGAACGUCCGCCACCGAUUCCGUUCAACCGCUUCCUGUACAACUCGGACGAGGGCACGGUCCUCGGACGGACCGCUUUGUCCUGGGCGAAGAUCGGCACGUUCUACAUCAUCUUCUACAGUGUCCUCGCGGCGCUGGUCGCCCUGUGCAUGUGGGUCUUCUUCCAGACGCUCGACCCGCGCAUCCCCAAAUGGCAGAUGGAUCAGUCGCUGAUCGGCACCAAUCCAGGAUUGGGCUUCCGACCGCUACCGUCGGAGGAUAACGUCGAGAGCACGCUGAUCUACUACAAGGGCACGGAGCGGAAGAACUACGAGGAAUGGACGGACGCGCUCGACAACUUCCUGGAGGACUACCGAACUCCCGGUCAGGUUUCGGGUCGCGGUCAGAACAUCUACAACUGCAACUACAAGCAGUUGCCACCGCACGGCAUGGUGUGCGACGUGGACAUCAAGCUGUACGGGCCGUGCACGAAGGAGAACAACUACAACUACCACAAGAGCGCCCCGUGCAUAUUUCUCAAGCUGAACAAGAUCUAUGGCUGGGUAGCGGAGUACUACAACACCACGGACAAUCUGCCCUCAAACAUGCCCAAAGAGCUGAAGCAGUACAUUAAUGACACGGCAAACUCCAAACCGGAUGAGCUGAACACGGUGUGGGUGUCGUGCGAGGGUGAAACUGCGGCGGACAUCGAGCACAUUGGACCGAUCAAGUACUAUCCGCGGCCCGGAUUCCCCGGUUACUACUACCCGUACCAGAACUCGGAGGGAUACCUGAGCCCGCUAGUGGCCGUGAACUUCGAGCGACCAAUCCAUGGUGUGCUGAUCAACAUUGAGUGCAAGGCGUGGGCGCACAACAUCAAGCACGACAGACACGAGCGGCUUGGCUCGGUCCACUUCGAGCUGAUGCUGGACUAAGCGGGUUCAACACCGAGUUCAAACCAAAACAGAACAGUAUCGCGCACAGCGGCUAGUAGUAGCGGCUCAUCCCCGGUGUUCGGUAAACCCAAGGAGGUCCGCCAGCUCUGUCCGCCCGCAGGAGAGCAGUUAAAAAUCAGUCACCCAAUCAGCCCAACCACAACCUGGCAGCACACACUAACUAGCGGCAAGAGGGAAGUAAAAACCACCAUAUUCGAAUCUCUAUCGCAUCCACCUCACCCUGGGAUGCUUAUGGAACGCGUUGGCCACAACAGCAAUGCCACAAAACGCCCGGUUGCAACGUGGUGCAACCAUCAGCUAAUGCUAGCUAGACCUAAGGAAGAGGGUAGAUCCGCGUGUCACGUGGCGUGCAACGCACUCCUAACGCCAACCCAUGCGAAGCCGCGUACCUUUGCAUAUGCCAAACAAGCCAUUACCGUGAAAAUUUUAUCCACUUUCUAAACGCAAGUUUUUAUCAUUCGUAAGUUCGUUUUUCCCCUUUUACACACAUUAAAUAAGCGGAAAGGUGUUUUACGUGUUUAUCAAACCAUA